AAUCAUCCAUCACACGAACGCUUACAACACCAAAACCCUAACUCUCUCACUGAAUCACUUCACGAAUUUUGGUACUUCGAUACAGUUACCACCGGCUAGGGUUUUAGAUUCAUCAAUUUUAGCUCAAAUUCUCAACUUACUAAUGGAAUUCGUAUGACUUAUGUUACACUUACGGUUGAUUUUUCAUCAAUGACAUGGAAUUCCGUAGCUCCGCGACCGUCGAUUAGUUUGCGGUUGCGAGGAUUUGAUUUUUGUCCGCCGGUGUUGCUCCGGUGGAAUCUGUUAACUCAUAGUGGUGAUUUUAGGUUUAGUUGUUGCUGUUCUGAUAAACUUGUGUCGAACCGGAGAAUUGGUACGAAAGGUGAACAACGGAAGAGUGAUUUGAGGAAGAAUGGUUGUAAAGUUCGAGUGCAAGCUGCACCGACAUGGCGUUUUGCAUCGUCUCAACCUCAGCUGGCUUCAAGACAAGAAAAGUACUUUCCACGCUGUACCCCAAGUAAUCCCGGGCCACAGUCUCGUGACACCCCACCGAAAAGAGACACGGGUAUUGCAAGUGCGAAGGACUGGGGCAUUAAUUUGUUAACCGAACAUGUGAAUGAAUCUGGCAUUAAUGAAGAUGGUAGUACCUGGUAUAGAGAAAGUGGAGAAGAUCUAGGUGAAAAUGGAUAUAGAUGUAGAUGGACUAAAAUGGGUGGUCAGAGCAGUGAUGGUUCUUCAAAAUGGAAAGAAGCGUGGUGGGAGAAAAGUGACUGGACUGGAUACAAAGAGCUAGGCGUUGAGAAAUCUGGAAGAAAUUCUGAAGGGGAGUCGUGGUGGGAAACAUGGCGAGAAGUUCUUCAUCAAGAUGAAUGGAGUAAUAUAGCAAGGAUAGAAAGAAGUGCACAAAAGCAAGCAAAAUCAGGCACAGAAGAUGCUGGAUGGUAUGAGAACUGGUGGGAGAAAUAUGAUGCCAAAGGAUGGACAGAGAAAGGAGCACACAAAUAUGGUAGACUAAACGAGCAGUCGUGGUGGGAAAAGUGGGGAGAGCAUUAUGAUGGAAGAGGAUCUGUUCUAAAAUGGACGGACAAAUGGGCUGAAACUGAACUGGGAACAAAAUGGGGAGACAAAUGGGAGGAGAAGUUUUUUGGUGGCGUUGGUUCUCGUCAAGGAGAGACAUGGCAUGUCACUCCAGCGGGUGAACGUUGGUCGAGGACAUGGGGCGAAGAGCAUUUUGGAAACGGCAAGGUGCACAAAUACGGGAAAAGCACGACAUCUGAAAGCUGGGAUAUUGUUGUAGGCGAGGAAACUAGUUACGAGGCGGAACCUCAUUAUGGAUGGGCUGACGUCAUUGGUGACUCGAGUCAAUUGUUAUCCAUCCAACCGCAAGAUAAACCACCCGGUGUCUAUCCAUUUCUCGACUUUGGAUCCUCUCCAUUGCCUCCCCAAGGCGGUAGUUCACCCUCAACACCACCUCAAGAUGGUGAUCGGCCUUCAACACCACCUCAAGAUGGUGAUUCGCCCUCAACACCACCUCAAGAGGGUAAUCCACCCUCAACUCCACCUAGAACUCAAUAACAUCUCGAGUAUCAUGUGUAAUAGGUUCGUUGAACCUGUUUUUAUAUUUAACUCUUCAUCUCUAAUCAAUAGAGCUAAAGCCUGCAUCAAUUCUUGCAUGUUCAGUUAAAA